AUGGGAAGUCUUAUUCUGAUUAACGAUGUCUCGAAUGACGGCAGCUACUCACGUUACGAGGAGCUGGGUUCAGUCGGUACACCAGGGCAGGGCUGCCAGUUGCCAGGCUUCAUCGGACUAAGGCCCCUCCCCAGAUUGAGGAAAGCAGAGCGCUCCCUGGAUAGGGCUGCUUUGUCGUCAACUGAGCUGCCGAACCAGCCCCCCGUCUCAAGCGGGACAUGGAGCGACCAUCACCAGAAGACCGCCUACGUGCAGCUGCUAACUAAGGACGUCUUGACCCAAUUGAAUGUUCCCGGGGAGCGGCGACCAGUCCCGGGGGACUGGGCGGCGCAGCACCGGGGGCUUCAAGCGACGCGCGACGAUUACACUGUCAGUGUUGAGGGUACACCACACCACAUUACUACACAGCGACAUCUAGCGCACUACAUUAACAACAGCACCAAUCACGAGCAAGAGUCUACAUCGCGCUAUAAGAGUUUUCAACACAAUCAGCACCCAUACAGAUAUCCCGACAACAACCGUCGGGCAGUAGCCCACCAGGCACGAACACCUCGCCUGGUCGGAGGAUCCUCCCUUUUCAAUGGAGGAUGA